AACUAAACAGCCAACGCAUCGAAAUACAAUAAAAGUUUAAAUGUGUCCAAUAGAGAUUUCUCUCGCGUUUUUGUGUUUAGGCUGUUAGGUUAAUACAAAAAAAACAAAAGCUCUAAUAACAAAUAGUAACUAAAACAAAGACAACGAUUUGGGCGUCCCCUGCAGAUAUCAGAUAAACAGAAAAAAUCACCACGGCUGAUGAAAUUGGAAGCACGUGGAAGUCAGCAUAGAGCAGCAGAGCGCAUCGGUAGAGUGAGAAAGCGAUACGAAGAGAGCAGAGAGACAGAAACGUUUAUAAAGCAACGACCCAACAUAGCCGCAAUUCAUUUAUAAUUUUGCUCGCGCGGGAAUAAGCAAAACAGAAAAUGUGCGGAAUCUUUGCAAUAUUUUCAAGUGAUUCAAAGCCCAUUGCCAGCCAGGUGCUGCAUGGCAGAAAGCACAGUCUGCGGGAGAUUGCCUACCGGCAGAGCGGAAAGCAGCGGCAUCGUGGCCCCGACUCCACUGGCGUUCAUCUAAUCCAGGAGGAUGGCGUGGUCAUGGUCCACGAACGUCUGCGCAUUGUGGGCGUGGAGCGGGGCGACCAGCCGUUCGUUUCCAGCGAUGGGAACGUGGUGCUGGUGGCCAACGGAGAGAUCUACAACUACCUGGAGCUGUCGGCGGUGAUAGCGAAGCGACGUGGCACCUACGCACCGAAGAGUGACUGCCACGUAAUCCUGGAGCUGUACGAGGACUACGGGAAGGAUCUGCUGGACCACAUAAAGGGAAUGUUCGCCUUCGCCCUGUACGACAGGCGCACUAAGCAAGUGCUCGUGGCCAGGGAUCCCUUUGGCAUCAUUCCCAUGUACAUUGGCUGGGAUGCGGCCGGCAACCUGUGGGUGGCCUCCGAAAUGAAGUGCUUGGUGGACACCUGUAAAAAAGUCGAGACUUUUACCCCGGGCGAGGCCCGCUUCGGACGCGUGGGAGAGAUGGAAACCUUCCGGCACUUUAAGCAGCCCUGGAUCGAGAAACUUCCCACCAAGCAAUGCGACCUGGAGCUACUCCGCGCCAGCCUGGAGUCGGCCGUGCGCACACAUCUUCACUGUCACGUCAACUUUGGGGCUCUGCUGUCGGGGGGUGUGGACUCCAGCCUGAUUGCCGCGAUCGCCACGAAGAUAAUGCGGGAGAAGGACCCCGAUUAUCGCCUGAAGACCUUCUCUGUGGGUCUGCGCGAUGCGCCCGACUUUAAGGCUGCUCGCCACGUCGCUAAGUACAUCCACAGUGACCACAAGGAGCUCGUCUUCGAGAUUGAUGAGGCCCUGGACGGUAUCCGCGACAUUGUCUAUCACCUGGAGACCUAUGACGUGACCACCGUGCGCUGCAGCCUGCCAAUGCUGCUGCUGGCCCGCUACAUCAAGAGCACCGGCAUCAAGAUGAUCCUCUCCGGCGAGGGUGCGGACGAGAUCUUCGGCGGAUACCUCUACUUCCACAAGGCCCCCAACUACGAGCAGUUCCACCAGGAGCUGGUGAAGCGAGUGCAGCAGCUGCAUCUCUCCGACUGCCUGCGCGCCAACAAGGUGGCGAUGGCCAAGGGCGUGGAGCUGCGCGUCCCCUUCCUGGACACGGGCUUCGUCAACCACGUGAUGCAGAUCCGGCCCGAGGACAAGAUUCCUGGCCAGCUCAACGCUUUCGCCGGAGCCAUAGAGCCCUUGAGGCUCAUGGAGAAGUACGUGCUGCGGGCUGCCUUCACUGAAAACUAUCUGCCGGACGAAGUGCUCUGGCGCCAGAAGGAGCAGUUCUCCGACGGCGUUGGCUACGACUGGAUCGACAGCAUUCGUCAUGUGGCCACCAGUCACGUGGGCGACGAGGAUUUUGCCAAGGCUGCCCGCAGAUUUCCCUUCAACACGCCCACCACAAAGGAGGCGUUCUACUAUCGCUGCAUCUUCGAGGAGCAGUUCCCGGUCGAGUCGGCGGCCCGCACUGUGGUCAGGUGGGUGCCACGCCUGGAUUGGGGCUGCCCGGAGGAUCCCUCGGGUCGCGCACAGGCCGUCCACCAGGUCAAUAAAGACUGAUUAAGUUUAAAUUUAAUUUAAUUAAGUAAUAACAGCAUUUUAUUGAAACACAAUGCAAUGAGGAACACGAAUCUAUAUAUAUAUGCCGACAGACAUAUAUAUACCUAUACCUACAGUUAAAUAUAUAUAAACACACACGU